UUGACCGAGGCUCUGCGGCACGAUCCCGCGUCUGGAUUGCACGAAGCGGGCCGAGUCUUCCCCUCCUGGCCGCCGCCUGCCAGCGCUACUUCCCCAUCGGCUAUUGUUAACGGAUCGCUUCUGGUGGCGAGCCUUCCUUGAAACUUAAGAAAAAAGACAAGAAAAGAAAAGAAAGAAAAGUGCUGGAUGUCUUCCCCCCACCCACCCCCUGGUUCUAACUGAGGAAUCGCAGAGCACAUCUGGAUAGCCGGGUGAAGCCCACCCUCAUCCCCUUCGAUACCAAAGUGCUGCUUACUCCUCUCCAAAGUGCCAUGUCUGAACUGUUAAUGGGAAGAAGCGGCCCUUGAAACGUGCACCUGUGCGCCCGCCCGGCGCGGCCCAUCCCGGCCACCUUUCUCUGGCCCCAGUAGCGGAGCAGAAGCAAGUCUCCCCCAUUUGGAUGUCUUCCGUGGAAACGGCUUCUCCGAGGCUGGAUUUGGGGGAGGCAUAUUAGAGACUUGGAGGAGUCUGCGCGCUCUUCGCUUCCUCGCGCCUCCCGGUCGCCGCUAGUUCACCGCGCAGUCCCCGAGCUCGCUCCCCACCCCACCCACUUCCUGUACUCGCCCGGGGGGCGUGUGCGCCUGGCGGCCCGAGUUCUGGGAAGUUGUGGCUGUCGAGGAUGGGGGUCUGUGGGUACCUGUUCCUGCCCUGGAAGUGCCUCGUGGUCGUGUCUCUCAGGCUGCUGUUCCUUGUACCCACAGGAGUGCCCGUGCGCAGCGGAGAUGCCACCUUCCCCAAAGCGAUGGACAACGUGACGGUCCGGCAGGGGGAGAGCGCCACCCUCAGGUGCACCAUUGACAACCGGGUCACCCGCGUGGCCUGGCUAAACCGCAGCACAAUCCUGUAUGCUGGGAAUGACAAGUGGUGCUUAGAUCCUCGCGUGGUCCUCCUGAGCAACACCCAAACCCAGUACAGCAUCGAGAUUCAGAAUGUGGAUGUGUACGACGAGGGCCCGUACACCUGCUCAGUGCAGACAGACAACCACCCAAAGACCUCGCGGGUCCACCUCAUUGUACAAGUAUCUCCCAAAAUUGUAGAGAUCUCUUCAGAUAUUUCCAUUAACGAAGGCAACAAUAUCAGCCUCACCUGCAUAGCCACAGGUAGACCAGAACCUACAGUUACAUGGAGACACAUUUCUCCCAAAGCUGUUGGCUUUGUGAGUGAAGAUGAAUACUUGGAAAUUCAGGGCAUCACCCGGGAGCAGUCAGGGGACUAUGAGUGCAGUGCCUCCAACGAUGUGGCUGCCCCAGUGGUACGGAGAGUAAAGGUUACCGUGAACUAUCCACCCUUCAUCUCAGAAGCUAAGAGCACGGGUGUCCCCGUGGGACAGAAGGGGACAUUGCAGUGUGAAGCCUCGGCUGUCCCUUCAGCAGAAUUCCAGUGGUUCAAGGAUGACAAACGACUGAUUGAAGGAAAGAAAGGCGUCAAAGUGGAAAACAGACCUUUCCUCUCAAAACUCAUCUUUUUCAAUGUCUCUGAACAUGACUACGGGAACUACACAUGUGUGGCUUCCAACAAGUUAGGCCACACCAAUGCCAGCAUCACACUAUUUGAAGUGAAAACUACAGCCAUGACCCCUUGGAAAGGGCCUGGUGCAGUCAGCGAGGUUAGCAAUGGGACAUCACGGAGGGCAAGCUGCGUUUGGCUCCUCCCUCUUCUGGUUUUACACCUGCUUCUCAAAUUUUGAUGUGAGCAUCCCUUCCCCUCUGGGUAGAGCUGCCACCACCGCACCUCCAACACCGCAGCACGGCCACAUGACAGCAACAAGUCAGAAUCAAAUGAAAUUUUGGAGAAUCACCGUUUGUGGGAGAGAAAUUUGAGGGAGGGGAACAAAGAAUACUUUGGGGGAAGGAAAAAAAUACAAAAGUUAAAAAAAAAAAAAGGAAAUUGAAAAUCGCCUUGCAGAUAUUUAGGUACCACUGAGUUUUUCUUUCUUUUCCCAAAUGAGAAGAAUGCACACCUGGCUUGGACCCACCCACAAGCUGCAGUAUGUGACUUCUUGGUCACCAGGGUGGGCAAGGGCUAGGCCAUUCUGCCCACUAAGUGCCCCUCCCCCCGUGGACCACUCUGAAGUCGCCAUCCCAAAUUCCAUCCUCCCUUAGGACACAAACAAAUGCAGAGCGAGGCACAUGGUCCCAGAUGCACUGCGGGGGGUCCUUUUGUAGAAUGUCACCAGGGCAAGUGUCAUGAAAUAUAAAAAAAUUAAAAAAAAAAAAUAAAGAAAAAGGAAAAAAAAAAAAAAGACAGCCUGGCAGCCACAACAAUCCCAUAAACAAGAGUCACAAAAAGAUAUGGCUAAACUUUUCUCUAUCUUUUGUGUGUGUUUUUUUUUUAAUUAUAUGACAUGGACAUCACGAUGAUAAGGGAUUCUGAUUCAUUAUUGAUUUUAUUAAAUUAUAUUUUCUCAUAUGGGUAGAGAACUUAGUGCAAAAAUAAACAAGACAAAAACUAAAACAAAAAGCAAGUACACACUUUUUACGCUAACACGUAAAAAGAAUAGUGUACUUUUCAACUAAGUUUACAACAGGCAGAUCACAUGCCAGGCAUUCAAUAGAUGGUGAGGACCUGGCAGACUCACCAAAAACAAGCAAACAAUAAAAGAAACCACCACACACCCAGUUCAGAUACCACUGCACCAGCGCGCCCAAUCCUCCCUAAUUCUGACAUCUUACACAGGCAGUUCUAUGCUAGCCCCAUAUUCUUUAGAAAAGAGAAAUUGAUCUGCACUGUGUCUUGGGUUUGUUGGCUAUGCUUCUUUUGAGGGCAUAUAUUAUACAGUAUAUAUAUACAUAUUUUUUUUUGUUAGAGUUCUAGCCAUUUUGUUUCUCAGCAGGGUCCUUUCUCAGACAUUACUGCAUGCUGUAUAUGGCGUUAGCUGUGUGUUGAUCUUCUACAAGAUGAUAGAGUUUACUGGUAAUUGUGUAAUCAGCUCCUGCCUUUUUAAAAAUUUUUUCUGGGUUCCUUACACGUCAGAGACAUUUAUAAAAAGUGAAGAGAAAAAAAAUAAAAAGAACAACAUCAGCAAUGAAUAAUCAGGCGCAGCAUCUUUCCAGGUGUGGCUCUUUGAGGCAAAAGCCUUCCGGCUUCCCUUCUCCAUCUCGCCUGGGGCAUUAACAGGCAGCAAGCAAUCAAACCAACUAAACCGCCAGUAACCACUUGCUUUAGCCCACUACGGGAAUCCCUGAUGCCUUUGUGACCACUGAAGAAUUGAAUCCUCUCGGUUGAUUUUAUUUAAUUUUCCACCUUUGUGUGAGUGUGUAUGAAAGAGAAGAAAAAUGCAGUUUUUAGGUAAACUGUUGGUUUUUUUUUUUGUCCUCCUCUCCAAGUUUGGGGAGCAGAGAGGCCUCGGGGAGGGGUCCUGGA